UCUUCUCUCCCCUUCUCCUCCUCUGCAAAACAAAAGGGGGCAAAAGAAGGAAAGGGAGCCCACCGGAGCCCGAGAAAGUGCCGAGUCGCAGCAGACCUGCCCCCUGCCCCUGCUGCUGCUGCUGGCGAUGAUCCGGUGACUACGGCAGAGAAGUGGAAGAGGAGUGGGAAAUGCUCAAACUUCUCUACUUGCCGGCUCCGAGCCUCCUCUCCUCCUUUUUCUCUCUCCCUGCCUUGCCCCCCCAGCAGCAGUGAUUUGGAUUUUUUUUGCCUCUCUUCUUCCAUGCGCUCCCGGCUCUUCCUUGCAGAGAAACACAAAGUUCACAAGCGAGCGGCUUUUGUUUACAUUUUUUUCUCUCUCACUCACACUUGACUCGAGUUUGGGAGGGAGAACUUUUUUCUUUUUUUUUCUUUUUUCCUUCCCCCCCCCCCCCCUUUCCUAUCCGCUUCCCUACCUCCCUUGACGACGCUGCCGCGCACCGCGGACCGGCUCUUUUCCACCCCUCUCCCCAAUUCCUGUUGUUAUUAUUACUACUAUUAAUUACCAUCACCACUGCGGCCGCUCCUGACGGCGAGGCAAGCAUGCUCCUGAGGCUUCUCUCCCUGCUGCUGGCCGCCGAGCUGCACCGCGCUCUGGCCCAGCCGCCGGCACCUGCCGCCGCCGUAGCGCCACCGCCCCCCGCCGCCUCCCCGCACCCGCCGCCCCGGCCCCGGCCCGGCCCUCCCCCCAGGCCUCCCCACGGGGCCAGCGGCGUCGUGCAGCGCCUCGACCCGACCUACGCGGGGGGCGGCAAGGCGGGAUACGUCCUCUACGCGGGGGGUCAGCGCUUCCUCCUCGACCUGGAGCGCGACGGGGCGGUGGGGCCGCGGGACGGCCCGCCUCCGCGCUGCUACUACCGCGGCACGGUGGACGGCAGCCCGCGCUCCCUGGCCGUCUUCAAUCUCUGCGGCGGCCUCGACGGCUUCUUCGCCGUGGGCAGCUCCCGCUACACCGUGAAGCCGGCUCGGCGCGGCCGGGAGGCGGCCGCCCCGCACAUCUACGGGGAGGGCCCGGCCCGAGCCCCGCAUCUCUUCCGCAGGGAGCGCUUCAGCUUCGAGACGGUGCCGGCCCGCACCAGCUGCGAGACCCAAGACCCGGCCGGGACGGCGCUGUCGGAGAACGGGCGACGGCGGCGGAGGAGGCGUCGCUCCGUCUCCCGGGCCCGGCAGGUGGAGCUGCUGCUGGUGGCCGACGCCUCCAUGGUCCGCAAGUACGGGAAAGGGCUGCAGCACUACCUGCUCACCUUGGCCUCCAUCGCCUCCCGGCUCUACGCUCAUGCCAGCCUGGAGAACCACGUCCGCCUGACAGUGGUGAAGGUGGUGGCCCUCGGCGAGAAGGAGAAGGGGCUGGAGGUCAACAGGAACGCUGCCACCACUCUUAAGAACUUCUGCAAGUGGCAGCACCAGCACAACCGCCUCGAUGAUGACCAUGACGAGCACUAUGAUGCAGCCAUCUUCUUCACCCGCGAGGAUUUAUGUGGACAUCAUUCAUGUGAUACUCUGGGAAUGGCAGACGUUGGGACCAUAUGCUCUCCUGAGCGCAGCUGUGCAGUGAUUGAAGAUGACGGCCUCCAUGCAGCUUUUACAGUGGCUCACGAAAUUGGGCACUUGCUUGGGCUUUCCCAUGAUGAUUCCAAAUUUUGUGAGGAGAACUUUGGCUCCAUGGAAGAUAAGCGUCUGAUGUCCUCCAUUCUGACUAGCAUCGAUGCCUCAAAACCCUGGUCGAAAUGCACUUCAGCAACUAUAACAGAGUUUUUUGAUGAUGGUCAUGGUAACUGUUUGCUGGACCAACCAAGAAAGCACAUUGUGGGCCCUGAGGAGCUGCCGGGACAAACCUACGAUGCCAUUCGUCAGUGCAAACUGGCGUUUGGACCCGAAUACACAGUGUGUCCCGGUAUGGAUGUCUGCUCUCGCCUCUGGUGUGCAGUUGUGCGCCAAGGUCAGAUGGUUUGUCUGACCAAGAAGCUGCCUGCUGUGGAGGGAACACCAUGUGGAAAAGGGAGGAUCUGCCUACAGGGAAAAUGUGUUGACAAAACCAAGAAGAAAUACUACUCAGCUUCAAGCCAUGGUAACUGGGGGUCCUGGGGACCUUGGGGACAGUGCUCUCGUACCUGUGGUGGAGGAGUUCAGUUUGCUUAUCGUCACUGCAAUAAUCCAGCUCCUAGAAACAACGGCCGGUACUGCACUGGCAAGAGGGCCAUCUACCGCUCCUGCAACGUCACACCCUGCCCAGCAAAUACUAAAUCUUUUCGACAAGAGCAGUGUGAAGCAAGGAAUGGCUAUCAGUCUGAUGCAAAGGGAGUCAAGACAUUUGUUGAAUGGGUCCCCAAGUACGCUGGAGUACUUCCCGGAGAUGUUUGCAAGCUCACCUGCCGAGCCAAGGGAACUGGAUAUUAUGUGGUAUUUUCUCAGAAGGUAACUGAUGGUACUGAAUGUCGACCGUACAGUAAUUCAAUCUGCGUUCGGGGAAAAUGCAUCCGAACUGGUUGUGAUGGCAUCAUCGGUUCAAAGCUCCAGUAUGACAAAUGUGGUGUGUGUGGAGGAGACAAUUCCAGCUGCACAAAAAUCAUGGGAACCUUUACCAAAAAGAGCAAGGGCUACACAGAUGUAGUGAAAAUCCCGGAAGGGGCAACCCACAUCAAAGUUCGGCAGUUCAAGACUAAGGACCAGAGCAGGUUCACUGCCUACCUGGCCUUGAAAAAGAAAAAUGGUGAGUACCUUGUCAAUGGAAAAUACAUGAUCUCCACUUCAGAAACAAUCAUUGACAUCAACGGGACUGUCAUGAACUACAGUGGCUGGAGUCACAAAGAUGAUUUCUUGCACACAAUGGGACACUCUGCAACAAAAGAGAUUCUUAUCGUGCAGAUACUUGCGACUGAUCCAACUCAACACAUGGAUGUCCGUUAUAGUUUCUUCGUGCCAAAGAAGCAAGGGCAAAUGACUAACUCUGUCACCAGCAGUGGCAGCAGCAGCAAAGUACCUCCACAGCUCAUGCAACCCCGCUGGGUUACGGGGCCGUGGCUUUCUUGUUCUCGAACAUGUGACACAGGAUGGCACACCAGGACUGUCCAGUGCAAAGACGGGCAUGGAAAAUUAGCUAAAGGAUGUCUUCUCUCCCAGAGACCAUCAGCAUUUAAACAGUGCUUGUUGAAAAAGUGUUAACCUGUGGUUGUGAUCUUCUUUACAAGAGGUUUGAUUAAGCCAUUGUUGACAUACUGGUAUUAGGUCUGCCCAGACAGAGAGAAGCAAAGGCUUCAAUGUACUUACAUACAGUCUCAAAUUAUGGGCAGAAUCUGCCUAUUUGGACCAAAUGAAGAUGUGCACUGCUUUAAAUAAUAGUAGGGUUAUCUUAAUAUGUCAAAAAACUAAGUAUCAAACUUGUUACAAGCCCUCUGUGUCUGCAAAAAUCCAAAAUAAAAUGAUGCAAAAGAAGAAAAACUAGUGAAUGGAGGAUCCUGGGAUAUUUGAAGGUUACAGAAUCAUCUCCCCUUUUUCACCUACCUCUAAUACAGUAUAUCUUUAGAAAAUGUCACAUGUACCCAUGAUACCACAGUAGCUUAUUUUAUACUGUUUUGUAAAUAUCUUUCAUUUGGUAUGUCACUUUAUAUCACUUGGUUCUAUUAAAAGAUCAAAAGACAAUAAGCAAAGUAAUAGACCAAAGUAUAUCUGCAGCCCUUGAGGACUUGGUCCAUUCUUCAAAAGGGGCUGCAGAUGUUUUACUGGAAAACGAAGAGCUUGCUACUGGUUUUAAAAAGUUACACCUUUUGGUUUUGACAAAAGGAAACACAUUUUCGUGCUAGGAAUUUCCUGGUAGCAGAUCAUUAUUCUGUGACAAAUACUGUUUCCACCACCAACUCUCAGAAGCAGCACUGCAGCAGCUUGCAGACCAGGGAUCCCCACAUGUGCAUUGCUCCAAUACCAGCACCAUCAGCAACUCCUCACCAUGUGUAUGUCAGACACACAGAGGAGGAGGAUUUCGCUGCUAGGGGGGAUUUGUGUGCACUUUGCUUGUACACCUGGCACUGGUUCUGGCUGUGUCACUGCUUGGGGUCCUUGUCAAUGAACAAUAGCUGCUAGUUUCUUCUUUCAAUAAAACAAAGGCAUACUGUAUUUUGUAGAAACUAGUUAGAGAACCAAAAAUUACAGGUAAAAUAAUCAAGUGUCUUCUAACUCAGAUAUUCUGAGGCUGUGUUCGACUGCUUUCUCUGUUAUUUUCACUAUGGCUUCCACCUUGGAUCUAACAAUGUGUAAUAUACCUACAUCUUUUUAAGAGGCUAUAAAAGUCAGAAAAAACACAGCAAGCAGUUAAUAUUUUAUCACUGUUCUGUCCAUCAUGUCUAACUCUGGUAUUCAUCUUACCAGCAAAAGUUUGUAACUAUUUGUCUUUUUUGAUUGUUUUGUGUGUGUUUGGAGUUUUUUUAAAGCUCUAGAAGGCAUUCAUGUUUUGUAUAUCUACCACAUUUGAGAGCAAAAGGGGUCACUAGGAAGUCAAACCACAUCAGGAUGUGGAGGACUUGCCCAAUAUCAAUAAAACUGUUUCCACAGUACAGGCAGUAGCAGGUAGUAGUUUUCAUUGGCAGUAACUUCUGAAUCCCAUUAUUGUAGGUAGAAGUUCUGUGACUGAAGAUGGGCAUUUCACUGUAUGCAGGUGGCAGGAGGAGGCCAGAUAGCAACCCUGCUAAAAUUAACUUGCUUUUCUAUCAGCAGGCUUUGAAUUCAGCCCUAGAAUAAUGGUACCAAAAGUGGUUCGAAUAUACUGAUGAAAAUAGAAUUCCGUCUUUCAUUUCUUUGACCAUCCACAUAGGAUAGUAUGAGACUGCAGGAGGAUUGUCAGACAAGCCUUACAGCUGUAAGUCACUGGUACUUGAGCACUGAAAUACCCCAGGGUCUUCUGAAAAUCCCAGUCAUGAAAUCAGUAGAGAAAACGUUGGCCUCUGUAGCAAGAAGGGCAGGUCUGACUCAGGCUGACACAAACAUGUUUUUGUAACAGCGGCAUGUUUUUAUGAACUCUUAGAAAGCAUGUGAUGAUUUCGAAACAUCAUUGCUACAUCUACAAGUGUGAAACCUGGAGAAACCUUUGUACCAUGUUCUAAAUAAACAAUAAUAGGGGCAGGGCCUCUUCCUCUGUCAAAAUGAAUUACCAGCGAAUGCUACUAGUCAUCUUCAGCUUUCAGAAGUGCUUUGGCCUUCUUUUUUGGAGUAGCCCUAUGCAAAACAGUGGAUCUUGAGGAAAAUUCCCCACUUAAUCUCUGAUCCCAUCCUAAGAACUGAGGUUGAGGCUCUGCAGAGAUAUUUGCAGAGAUACGGAAUGAUUAAAAUUUAUGCCUUCUCUAUCUAUUAAUGUAAGCUCCCUUUGAAGUGUCUUAUUUUCCUUUCCAGUAAUCUAAUUUUUAUAUCUGUAUUACAUGUGUUCUAGCACCUCUCAAAAAGGCUUAUAACAAAUAGAAACCAUCAUUAUAGGAGAAAUAAGGACACUUCACGUGUCUCGGCAUAGACUUAACAUUUGUCUCGGCGUACAGCUGCAGUAUUAAGUGGCAUUUUUUUUUCCUGUAUUUUAUAAUGUGCAAGAGACAAAAUGUGCAAGUAUUUGUGUUUGCAUCAUAAUAAUAAUUGAUACUCAACAGGAUGAGUAAAGCUUUUGGAUGCUAUUCAGGCUCCAGAAGAGCAAUACCAGACGUGGGUAUAAAUUUAAAGCUUCCUUAGAUCAAGGGUAUCUUUUUCAUAGAAAGAGUUUAUUUAUAAAAAAAUAGAUAAGUAUGAGAAUAAACCACUAUAAUGACUUUUCCCUUUUCACCAGCCUAGUAAUGAAGCAAAUUAACAUGAGCAAAAAGCAAGUUGCCUUUCUGUGGUGAGAGGGCAAAGGAGACAGAGCGAGGAAGCAAGCCUAAAAGUGUAAGAUAAGCCAGGUCAGCCUGCUCUAAUUAGCCCUUUUUAGCUGUUCUUUUUAAUCAGACUCCAGUUCCAAACCUUGCUUUCCUCGGUCAUAGCUAUCUCAUAUAACUGAUGAUUAGAAAAUAGGUGCAAGGUAUGUAUGUGACCUUGUAAUUUCAGGUUCUGUUCUCAGCUAAAUUCUUUGUCACUCACACUGUUAUGUCAUUGUUUACGUUACUACCAAGUGUUGCCAAAUGUAAAAUGCAUCUAGAGUGUUGAAACCCAGACUGCUGUGGGUUGUUUUUGCAUAGAAAGAAAUGAUCCUCAGUGUUAAAUUCACUGCUGACUCUUUGGAACAUGUCUCCAGUGCCCUUAGGUGGAAUUGGACCUCUAAGCAUUAGUGGGUUUUAGAGUAUCUGCUUUCAGAUAAGAGAUUCUCAUUAGGAAAAAGCCUAUCAUCUUUGGUUUGACAAGAUGUAUACAAGAAAUUAAAUUUAGCUGCCCUCCUGUGGAAACAGUUUUAUCACAAGGGGGAGAGGGAAUAAUCUUGUGAAUUAAUCAUAAAUGUUUAAAAACAAACAAAAAGCAACACAGCACUGAAAAAAAUAAAAUAAUUUAUUGUUUUUACAACUGGUAUGUGAAUGGAUGUAAUGAAUUUAUUUAUUCUUAUUUAACAAAAAUACCAAUUGUGCAAAUUCUAUAUUUAAAAUAUUUUGCUAUCGUCUCUGUCUCUCUUUCUUGCUCUCUUUUAAUUUAUGCUACAAAUUUGUAUUGAAAGUACGCCUUGUGAGUUUACAUAAUAUAUGGCACUGGUUAUUUUUUUGUAUGUUUUUAUUUAGUUUUCUGCAUGGAACAGGAGUAUAUGUGUAUACAUGUGAGCACACAGUAUAGAUGUAUAUUCUUUUUUCUGCUACCAUCUUUUUCUUAGAGAACUUGCAGAUUUGUAAUUUUGUGCACCUCAAGCUCAAAGCUCCUUGUUACAUUUCACUCAACUAGCAAGUCAAGAGAAAAACCCAUACCAGCUCCUGAAGAAGUCAGCCAACAGACUUGCUUCACAUAGGCAGAUGUAAUUCAUGCUGUGUGCCUCACUGAUUUACCACCAAAGCUGGUGCUCAACAGAAGCAAGUUCAGGCUUCUAGUAAAUGGUAAUCCUCUGUAUGUGAAUGAAGUUUAUCUGAGUUGUCAGGGUGGUAAGUGAGUCUUAUCUCAUGCUUCUUAUGUUUAAGUGAAAACACUACAGAGAAACCCAUGUGUGCCUGUUUAAAAAUAUAGCUGAAUCAAUGUAUGAUUUGGGUUAUGAGGACUGAACCAUUAAGAAGGCUACUUAUCCGGUCUUUUCACUAUUUGUAUACGUAUAUAAAUAUGUAUAUAUGGCUAUAAAAAGUCAAAAGCCCAAUUUGGAAGGAUUUGCAAUGUUUAACUUCAUUGUAUUCUAGCUCUUUGCACCACAUCACUCACAGUUAGAUGCAGAAAAGCCAGCAAAACAUGUUCCCAGUGUUUCCUUAAAAAUAACAGUAUGUUUGCUUCCACUUUUCAUCCAGUCCAACUACUGCUGAACUCAAGAGAGCUUGUGUGGGUCCAGUGUAAGGGAAAAAAUGUAGGCAAACCUGCAGCUUUUCUACAGUCAAUUUAUUUAACAAAACAAAUUAUUUCUGUAGCCACUUCACUGUAAGAGCAGUACUACAGACUGCAAUCUAUUUCAAACUGUUGGAAGUUAUCUUGGUAAUCAGUGCCCACAUUCACACCAGUUAAAUUCCAGCUCAGGCCCUCUGCCCAGGGUCUGCUGCCAUGCAGGCACUACCAAAGACCCAGAGACAGCUACAAGGCUUUAGAUGAAUCUGUGAUGGCCAGAGGGUGACACUUCCUCACUUAAGAUCCACUCAAAAAUCCCAGGGAAUGACUAUAAGCCUUGACUUUGAUGAUCUAUAGGGCAGGCUUUAAAGGAGAUUUGUAAGGAUGGAACAUUAAUAAUUGCGGGUUUUCAGCAGUAUGUUUAGGUGAGUGUUUCUCCUCAUUCUGAUGCAUACCAUGCUGUUCUUUGUCACUGAGAAAAAUGGAGCCUAUAGCAAGAGCCAAAAUUAGAUUCUCUGAGUAUGGGCUGCAGUUUUCCGAAAAAAAAGUUGCUGGUUUGAAGGAGGUUGGUCUUUUUUUAAUGAAGUGCUUGGUUUUUAUAGAGUUGCCAGAACACAUCAUUGCGUUCACACUUGUCGUUUGUAUCAUUUUCAAGAGGUUUUUCUAUUGUGGGUACACUGGCACUAGCUUGUAUAGUAGAGCUACUUCAACAUACUUGUUCUGAAUAAGGUUGUAUAUACAGGUAUUCCUGAUUUGUCAUGUGUACCAGUAAAGACUCUAAAUGUAAGAUAAAUUAUUAGGUCCUCACUGGCUCCACAAAACGUAGCUUUGGGGUUUACAAGACAUUAUUGCAAGUGCAAGUUUUCAGUGAUAGUGGGGUAUUCCAAAUACGAAAUCUGGAACACCCCAAACAUACUCUUAGUGUGCCAGGUGAGUGGUGUAAGAUCUCUUCAGACACACUAUACCAAGCAUUUUGAUACUGUCCAAAAACAAAACUCACAAUGUCAUUUGCCCUGAAAAUUGUCUGCAGAGGCUCACAGUCACUGUAAGGACACUAAAACCAUUUCCACACACAUUAACCUUGUGUCGUUCAUUUGAAAUACGUACGGGCACAUGUAGAACUUUACUGUGGCUAAAUGCAAAUCCCUGGGUUUUGUGUGUGCAUGUGUAUAGAUAUAUGUAUGUGCACAAAUGAGUAUUUGGAUCUCCAUUACUUCCACUCACAGGGCAAAAUAGUUAAACUGGUUUUAGGUAUAUUUACUUACAUUCAGAGUAACUUCAUUACAUCAUUUGGCUUUGCAGGAGCUGCUUCAGACUUAUACCACUUUAAGUGACAGCGUAAUUUGUCUUUUAACUUAUAGGAACUGGUUUACACAAUUUGUCAUGAGAACUGUGAAAUUUUCAGAUAGUUUAUUGUGCAAAACAUAUUCACUGACAGUCAAGCAUAUAUAAAUUGUUAGAAUCCCAUCAGAUAGAGGAAAUAAUGUACUGAAUUCAAGUAUGUUGGAGACAGCGUAUACUCCUGUUUAGCAAUAAAUCCAUUUGAUUUAUAUUCCCAGGUCAUCUGCCUAGUAUCAGAUAAGAUAAAGCAAGAGAGGUACUAUAGGUAAGACUAACAGGAAAGCACGCAUUUGGUUUAUCUUAGAUUAUUUCAUGUGCCUCUUUAUACCAUCUAUUGGUGUCAGUAUAUUCUGGGAAGUGUCACUUUGUGCAUUACAGAUAAUUCGGCUGAAGUUCCAGUACCCUUUGAAAAAACAAGAUGUGUCACAAAACUUUUUUUCAUCCUAAUAUGUGUCUAAUGGAAGAGUUAAUAUCUUUAGAGCACUACUGUGUCAGCCCGUUUACAUUAUAAAUAAUGUUACGCAAAAUACAAAUUAAUUUGAACUGAAUUGUACAAGGUCUACACUGUACUACGAGACAUUGAAGGCCAAUAUUUUGGUUUGUAAACUACUACUUAUGUAUAAUUUACCAGUUGUAAUCUUAACACAUUUGAUUCUGUGAUUUCAGUAAAAGUAAUAAACUGUAUCAUAGGUCCAAAA